CGCGCCCCGAGGGCCCUGCCGGUCCAACCCAGACGUUUCUGUCCUUUCAGAGGCGGUGUUGGGCCUCUGUCCACACGACUCUAAAAUGUACAGAGUAUUCAGGGCAAUGCUGUGCUUAAGCCAUUACUUUUAAAAAUCAUGGCCGGCCGAACCUCACGUGAUUACUCACAAAUAUUAAAAUUUACAAAGAGGAGUAUUUCUUUUUCUUGUAGGAAAAAAGGUUCAAAAAAUAAUAUAGCGGUGUGGACUUCUGCACACACUGUGUGAAAACCAAUCGUGUUUUAUAGGAAAAAGGGUUUCUCUAAUCCCAGGGGUUUCUCUCAUUCCUUCUUCAGGUGAAGUGCUCCGGUUUACAACUACUGACACUUCUCAAGCCACUUUAGCCAGUGUAGCCCAGGUGUUUACUGUGACAAAAUUUGACCAAAAGGGAAAUGUAACUUCUUUUGAAAGGAAGAAAACUGAAUUAUACCAAGAGUUAGGUCUUCAAGCCAGAGAUUUGAGAUUUCAGCAUGUGAUGAGCAUCACAACCAGAAACAAUAGGAUUAUCAUGAGAAUGGAGUAUUUAAAAGCUGUGAUAACUCCAGAGUGCCUUCUGAUAUUAGAUUAUCGUAAUUUAAACUUGGAGCAAUGGCUGUUCCGGGAACUCCCAUCACAGCUGGCUGGAGAAGGUCAACUUGUCACAUACCCUUUACCUUUUGAGUUCAGAGCCAUAGAAGCACUCCUGCAAUAUUGGAUCAACACCCUUCAGGGGAAGCUUAGCGUUUUGCAGCCACUGAUCCUUGAAACAUUGGAAGCUUUAGUGGACCCCAGACAUUCUUCUGUAGACAGAAGCAAACUGCAUAUCUUACUGCAGAAUGGCAAAAGUCUGUCAGAGUUAGAAACAGAUAUCAAGAUUUUCAAAGAGUCAGUUUUGGAGAUCUUGGAUGACGAGGAGCUGCUAGAAGAGCUCUGUCUGACGAAGUGGAGUGACCCACAGGUCUUUGAGAAGAGCAGUACCGGGAUUGACCAUGCAGAAGAGAUGGAAUUGCUCUUAGAAAACUACCACCGAUUAGCUGAAGAUCUUUCCAAUGCAGCUCGGGAACUGAGAGUACUGAUUGAUGACUCACAGAGUAUUAUUUUCAUCAAUCUGGACAGCCACCGCAAUGUGAUGAUGAGGUUGAACCUGCAGUUGACCAUGGGAACCUUCUCUGUCUCACUCUUUGGACUAAUGGGAGUUGCUUUUGGAAUGAAUCUGGAAUCUUCCCUUGAGGAGGACCACAGAGUAUUCUGGCUGAUUACAGGAAUCAUGUUUCUGGGAAGUGGACUUAUCUGGAGGCGUUUGCUCUCAUUCCUUGGACGACAACUAGAAGCUCCUUUGCCUCCCAUGAUGGCCUCUUUACCUAAAAAGCCCUUUCUGGCAGAUAGAAGGAUGGAACUGAAGCACAGCCUCAGGCCGGAGGGACUUGGAUCCAACAGGACCGUCCUGACAGAUCGUUAGCAACAACCUGGUGCAUGCUAAAUGUUUUUUAUAUUUCUAAUACUACUAUUACUUUGUUUUUAUAGUCAUGUACUUGAAAAAAUUUGAUAUUUAAACUAUGACAGGCACAUAUAGAAUUCUCAGUAAAGAAGUACUUGUUUUCUAAAAGGGCAAAAUUCUGUUUCCUACAAAUAGUUUUUAUAGAUAAGACAAGACUGUUAUGUGCAUUUAAUUUAUACAUAUUAUGAAGCCUAGGCACUUGAUAAACCCAUACUGAAAUCACAUAGCUGCAGUUCUUGGUACAGGGAUCAAGGACCUGUGAAUUUUGUGACUCAGGGGGCUGUAAAGCCAAUUUAAUACAUGUUAACCCUAAAACUCUGGACGUUUGUGCUUGAAAGUUGAUCAUUGGCAUAACCUUAUAUUGUGGUGUGGGGGAAAUCAAUUUUCUUGAGGGAAGCUGGAGAAAGAACCUGUGGCAGGAAAUAGGCGGGGCUGGUCUUGGGAUGGUGCACCUCACUGACCCCUCAUGGUGUGGAUGCUGGCAUGUGACGUGCGGUACCUCUCAUAAGUCUGAUAAAGGAAGUACUAAGGUUUAUAAAAUUCUUGAAGGUGGUUAGGUCAGGUGUGAGUUCAACAUCGGAUGGCUAUGCUUUGGGGACUGCAAGAUGCUUCUCACAUUACUAGUCCUCAUGAAAAAUAAACACUGAAAAAGAGUGAGGAUCACCGAUUUUACAUUUUGAACUAAAAUAAAUGGAGCAUGUAAAAGUGAUAAAAUACAAAACACUGAGUUAUGUGAGGAGGGAAGCAGCACAAGGUCUGAUACUCAGACUGUCUUUGUGGCCUUUCAAGAUGCUAUUGAGCCUUGUUUGAUACUUAAUAAGCAGUGACUGAAAUAACACUAAACAGUUUCACGUUAGAAAGCUGAUUUGGCGAGUUAGUACAAGAAUGGAAUGCGGUUUCCUUUCUUUGGCACUGUAAGACCAACAUCACACUUUGAAUCAACUUUCAUUACUUUCGUAAUAGCUACAGAGGUGAUCUAAUGGAUAGUGCAUGGAGUAGGGACUCAGACCCGAGUUUUGCUCCCAAGCUCACCUCAGAUUAUUUUACCCUUGGAUCCGUGAUACAAAGGCAUAAAAACAGUUCCAAUCUUGAAACUGAUGAAAGUUGUUACAGAUGAAGAUAGGAAAUGUAAAUAUGUAAAUUCUUCUGAUAUUGUGAAAUAAAAAUAAUUGUAUUAAGCUGG